ACAUAACUGACACUUUUGGUUUUUCCGAGGAACGCCCACAAAGGCACAAUACCCGGUGCCUCCUGUUCACCACCAACCAAUAAGCAGACUCAAAAAGAGGAAAGGCCAACAAAGAAGGCUAAAGAAAAGACCUCUUUUUCUUGAGAAUCUCAAGUACCACAUCUGUCUUAACUUUGUCCAUUCAUUCAUCUCCAUUCGUGUAGCAAAUCAAUGAGAACAGACGAAAAAAUAUCUAAGGCUUCAUGGCCAAAAGUGGUGGCCAGAAAAUGGUUGAACAUGAACAGUGGCGCAGAAGAAUAUCAUUCAGACUAUAGAACGAAAGCUUUUUCAUAUAUGAGCGAAAGAAGGAAAAGUUGCUCCGACGAGGCACGCUCCGUCGUCGUACCAGAAGAAUUAUCUGUGGAUUGGUUGAUGGGGGCAAGUAACAAAAUCAAUCGGCCAGGAUUCGACCUUCAGUCCGCACCAUCACCUAUCAACAAUAGCGUCGACCACAUCCUCAGGAUGUUCUUGGGAACAUGGAAUGUAGGAGGCAAGCCUCCACAUGAUGGAUUGAACAUGGAAGAUUGGUUAGGCACUACAACAAAAGCUGAUAUAUACGUACUCGGAUUCCAGGAGAUAGUACCUUUGAAUGCAGGGAACGUACUUGGCCCAGAGGAUUGUGCUCCUGCAGCAAAGUGGCUUUCGUUGAUCAGACAGGCUCUAAAUGGUGAGCCGAACAAUUCCAGUCACAGUAAUACUGUUAGUUCUAUGCUGAAACAGUCUCCGGGCUCAAACGAUCAACAACAAAUGACUCCGAAUUCAAGAGUCAGCUUUUCAGAUUUGAUGUCAUUAGAAGAUGAGCUUGAUCAUGAUGUUUUUGAAAGAUUUUUGAGUUUGAGAUCAAGUUCAUAUUCUAGUGAAGAAGGUUCGUCUAGUCCACCAAGUGAGCCAGCUACACCUGGUAUGGUACAAAAUCAAUAUCGACUCGUUGCCAGUAAACAAAUGGUUGGGAUCUUCCAGUGUGUAUGGGUUCGUGAGGACUUGUGUCAGCAGAUUAGCUCCCUGAAGGUUUCUUGUGUUGGAAGAGGCAUUAUGGGAUACCUCGGAAAUAAGGGAUCGAUAUCUAUCAGCAUGACAUUGUAUCAAACAACGAUUUGCUUUGUGUGCACUCACUUGACCUCGGGAGAGAAAAAGGGCGAUGAAAUUAGAAGAAAUUUGGAUGUUAUGGAAAUUUUGAAGAGAACAAGAUUUUCUCAUCCAUGUCGAAUACCAGGAAAACCCACUCCACCCGACAACAUUUUGGAUCAUGACAAGGUAUUUUGGAUAGGAGACUUGAACUAUCGACUUGCAUCUGUUUGUGAUGAAACAUAUGAGCUACUCAAGAUUAAAGAUUGGCAAGCACUUUUAGAGAAAGAUCAGCUGAGGAUAGAACAAAAGGCUGGUCGAAUAUUUGAUGGUUGGAAAGAAGGGAAAAUAGAAUUUGCCCCGACUUAUAAAUACGUUGCCAAUUCUGACAAUUACGUUGCUCAAACAUCUGCAUCUAAAGCGAAGCGUAGGACUCCUGCCUGGUGUGACAGGAUUUUGUGGAAAGGUGAAGGGUUAAAGCAAAUGUGCUACGUUAGGGGUGAAUCAAAAUUCUCAGACCACAGGCCAGUUUAUUCACUUUUUACAGUACAAGCAGAUAAUGUAACCAAGAAGGAGAAACCCACAUCGAUAAUUGGUUCAAACACCCCUGAACCAUCAACAGCAGAUAAAUUAUUUUCAGAAACUGCUGUUUUAUCCGCAACAGAAAAAUUCAUGUUCAUAACCAGGGCACAGAGUUGCAGGCAGAAAACCUCAAGGUUCUCUCUCACAGCCCGACAAGUAACCAGCCAAUAGAAGACUCCAAGAUGGAAGAUACAGACAAAUGAAAUACUGACACGCGGGUACUGUGAUUGACAGAAAUCACCCACCUUUGAACUCUCCCCCGUGUCUCAAGCAACCUGCAAAUGGGAACAGCAGAGAGGAUAAAAGAACGCGCGGGUCACGAUGGAAUGGUGGGGGCUUGCUGGGUGAUGGACACGUGGUUGUACGGUAGAAGAAGGUGGUUCCCCAAUUGUGCAUAGUGAAAUUUUGGGUUAUGCGCUUUUGAGGAAUUUGCUUCGGCUUUUGCAGAAGCGUUGGUUAGUUUUUACAUUUCCUGGUUAAAGCUGAAGUGUUAAUAAGAGAAAUGGUGGAAUUUUUUUUCAUAAUAGGAAGUAGGAACUGUUGGAGUAAAGAGUUGAUUUUUGUUUCUAUUUUUGUCAAUUGAAUGAAAGGUUUUUUUACGUGUCUAAA